AUGUAAACAUUAUUUGUUUGACAGUGUUCCCGUACGUGACAGCGACUCCAACCCUACCGACGAGAUGGCAGAGACUGCUCCUGCUCCAGCGGCUACCCCGGCCAAGGCUCCUAAAAAGAAGUCCGUUUCGAAAGCGAAAAAGGCUGGACCGAGCGUGUCAGACCUUAUCAUGAAAGCCAUUGCUGCGUCUAACGAGCGCAAAGGAGUUUCCCUGGCUGCGCUGAAGAAAGCUCUGGCGGGCGGUGGAUAUGACGUGGAGAAAAACAACUCUCGUGUCAAACUUGCUCUAAAAUCCUUGGUUAAAAAGGGGGCGCUUGUUCAGACAAAAGGCACAGGAGCGUCCGGGUCCUUCAAGCUGAGCAAAAAAACCACAGAAAAGAAGCCGGCUAAAAAACCCGAAGCUAAAGCGAAGAAGCCUGCUGUUAAGAAAGCCCCGGUCAAGGCGGCGAAGCCGAAGAAAGCCGCGGCCAAGAAGCCCGCAGCUAAAAAGGCGCCCAAGAAAGUGAAGAAGCCAGCGGCAGCAGCCAAAAAGGCCGCUAAGAGUCCGAAGAAGGUUAAGAAACCGGCUGCGAAGAAAGUUGCGAAGAGUCCUAAGAAGGUCAAAGCGGCGAAGCCCAAAACUGCAAAGCCCAAAGCUUCAAAGGCAAGGAAGGCGGCUGCCAAGAAGAAGUAAGCGUUAAUAGACUACAUCUCAGUUUAAAUCAAAAGGCUCUUGUAAGAGCCACCAAAUUAUCACAAAAGUGCAAAUGUUUGCUGUGCAUGAGCAGAAUACUAUGAACUGAAUGAAAGGGUGUGUAGGCUGUUGUAACGCUACGUGGAUAAUAGGCAAGUCCCUCGCUUCGUUAAACGGACAUUGGUUGCGUCUAAGAUAUCACCAGCGAGAACAGACAGGAAAAGUGUCAUUGACUGAUUUAUAGUCGACUUUAAAAACACAACAUACUGUCUCUACCUCUGUAAAUGACGCACAAAUCCGAUUAGGCUUUGUGUGGAUUUUCAAUCCUUUCGAGCCAGACCUUCAGAUGUCGUUGAGUGCUAGACUAAACCUCCAUUUGUACUUUUGAUUUAUUCUCUUUUCUCACUUUUUAUUUUGAACGUAAUGUUACAAAUUUACCAGUGUGUGCGUGUGUGCGCGCUGGAGAGAGGUGAACUAUUUUGUCAGUUUAUUAUUUUGUAAAUAUUAUAACUUCCUGUAUAUAACACAACAAACAUGAAAUUUAUUUAUUUGUCCAAUGUUUGUUUUUUUUUGUUUUGUUUUUUUGUUUUUGUUUUUUAAAGGUAGAAUGCCCUACAAAGGGAGGGUAUGGUCAUUUUCCUUUGUCUUUGUUUCUCAUUCAAAAUGUAAGAAUUUAUCUAUAAUCAUUUUAGAAUAAAAGCCCAAAUAAAAAUAAAUUCCCAAA